CCGGUCACAGGCGAAGACGGCGACACUCAAACCAGAAGGUCAGUAUUCCCUUUGACAUGCAGACUUCUUGUACGAUCAUGACCCCAAAGCUGACCACCACAACCCAGACCUCACAGCUAACACCACUACCACCACAAACCCCGAAGUCACCGCCGAAUUCUCCUCGCGCCUCCGCCAAAUGGGCAUCGUCCAGCCCAACCCAACCUUCUCCUCCACAUCAACAGCCAGUCCCGGCCCCGGCCCCGGCCCGAGUCCUCACGCCGACCUAAUCCAGAACCCCGGCCCUCUAUUCCCCUCCACCUCCCGCAACGCAACACUCGGCACCCUCGAAGCCCGGCGCCGGCUCCAGCAGGAGGCCGACGCCGAAUUUGACGGGCUUGGACGCAGCAGUAGCGGCGGGAGGGAGUUUUUGGAUUUGAAGACGAUUGUUCAGAUGCACCUGAUGCGCGAGAGGGGAUACUCGCCCGCGGAGAUUGAGGCGAGGCUGGAAUUGAAGGCUGGGGUUGUGGCGAGGUUGGGUCGGGUUGGGAUCACGUCGCCUGCUUGAUGAGGCAAAUCACACAUGAAGAAGUGGUUUGUUGAUGGAAAGAUUUGAAGGAUGUAUAAAAAAAGAUGUAAUUUUAGGUAUACUGCUCUACGAAAACCGCAAAAAAAAAGCUCCCAAACUCCU